UUUCGAUAUGUCAAAAAGAUAACCUCCCGUUUCAAACAAAAUUACAUCAAAUAAAAAUGUUACUCAAUAAAAUAGGCCAAAAAAAUAUACUAAAAUGUUUGACUGCCGGCCCCAGGGUGUUACAACGUAAAUUUACGCACACAUCUGAAAAUGCGGAUACAGUGGAACUGGCGUACGCUUCGUACGAGAGUACAUCGGACGCAGAAUCGACUCAGCCUCCUUUGGUGAUCCUCCAUGGCCUGCUAGGGUCAAAAAACAACUGGAAUAGUAUGAGCAAGGCUAUACACAAAGGAACAGGGAGGAAAGUGAUAUCCGUAGACGCGAGAAAUCAUGGUGACAGUAGACAUUCGUCACAUCAUACAUACGUUCAUAUGGCGCACGAUGUUAUGAAAUUGUUAAAGAAGCUAGAAUUGUCUAAGGUGUCCGUACUUGGACACAGUAUGGGCGGCCGAACGGCCAUGGUGCUCUCACUCCUCUGUUCUGACUUAGUAUCAAGCCUGCUUGUGGUAGACAUCUCACCAGUGAAGACUAGUCCACAAAUAUUCUCAAUGGUGAACUUGUUUGAUGCAAUGACUGCAGUUACAAUCCGGCCUGGCAUUGCUAUGUCCAAAGCAAGGAAGCUGGCAGACGAACAGCUGAAAGGAAUCACACCAGAUAUUAACUUGAGGAACUUUUUGAUAACAAACUUGGUGCAGACUAACACAGGGGCAUAUACUUGGCGGGUGAACCUGCCAGCACUGAAGGAGAACUUCCAGUCACACAUAUCCAGCUUCCCCAGCAACCUGCGAGGACUCCAAUAUUGUGGCCCUACUCUGUUUGUUGGUGGGUCAUUGUCUGAUUAUAUUGGCAAGAAUGAUUUGAAAGAGAUUCAAGAGUACUUCCCGAUGGCGGAGUUGGUGUUCAUAGAUGGUGCUGGCCACUGGGUGCACAGCCAGAAACCCAGCAAGUUCCUCGAGGUGCCGCAAGACUAUCAAAACAACGGCCUCGAGUUGAACAACCGUUUCGGCGAUGAAGCCAACGAACGCAUCCCCCUCAAGCAGCUCAGAAACGUGCCUCAGUUCCCGAAGGCAUCGGAACUACCUCCCGAUGCGGACUUCUCCCUCUUCCUGCCGAAACACCAGGAAAUGGCUUUAGAGGUCAUUGAUGUCCUUAUGAAUGUACCCGAGAAUGAGUUGCAGGACUUCCUAUCCACGUGUGCGUACAGCCGCGUCAAACUCAACCCACAACUCUUCAACUACUGCUUUUCUGUAGCUCUUUCGCACAGACGUGACACACGUAAUGUGCCUAUCCCUAACUUUGCUGAGACUUUCCCAUCUAAAUUCAUGGAUUCUCAAGUCUUCCAGCAGGCUCGAGAGUCUGCAGCAGUUUUAGAUGGAACUGAGCGUACUCCUAUCAUCAUCCCGAGAGAUUACACGGCAACGAAUUUGGAAGAAGAACAUCGUCUGGCGUACUGGCGUGAAGACAUUGGUAUCAACCUGCAUCACUGGCACUGGCAUCUCGUUUACCCGUUCAACGCGAGCGACAGAGCUAUUGUCGCUAAGGAUCGUCGCGGCGAAUUGUUCUUCUACAUGCAUCAGCAAAUCAUUGCGCGCUACAACAAUGAGCGCCUCUGCAACUCUUUGAAACGUGUGAAGAAGUUCAGCAACUGGCGCGAACCUAUUCCUGAGGCGUACUUCCCAAAGCUCGACAGCUUGACAUCGGCUCGCGGCUGGCCGCCGCGGCAAGCCAAUAUGAAAUGGCAGGAUUUGGAUCGGCCUGCUGAUGGCUUGAAGGUGACUGUUGCUGAAAUGGAGCGCUUUAGGCGGAAUUUGGAGGAGGCUGUAGACGGCGGAAUGGUGCGCUUGCCCGACGGCUCCACGCAGCCGCUCACCAUCGAUAUGUUGGGCAACAUGUUGGAGUCCAGCAUUCUGUCGCCCAACCCGCAGUUGUACGGCACUGUACAUAACAACGGCCACUCCUUCUCCGCCUACAUGCACGACCCACAACAUCGCUACCUUGAAUCGUUCGGUGUGAUUGCUGACGAAGCGACAACGAUGCGUGACCCGUUCUUCUACCGUUGGCACGCGUGGAUUGAUGACUUCUUCCAGAAAUUCAAGGAGUCACGCCACGUCAGCCCCUACUCACGAUCUGAGCUGGAGAAUCCUGGCGUGAGAAUCUCAGAAGUCCGCGUGGAGAAUCUCGAAGGCGACGGUGCGGUGAACACUCUGAACACUUUCUGGAUGGAGAGCGACCUGGACCUGUCCAGAGGCCUGGACUUCUCCAACCGCGGGCCCGUCUUCGCUCGCUUCACGCACUUGAACCACCGUCGCUUCCGAUAUGUCAUCAACGUGAACAACACCGGCAGCGCUCAGCGCGCCACCGUGCGUAUCUUCCUCGCGCCCAAGUUUGACGAGCGCAACCUGCCAUGGUCGCUCACCGACCAGCGCAAGAUGUUCAUCGAGAUGGACAGAUUCGUCGUACCAUUGACAUCCGGGCAGAACUCGAUCACGAGGGAUUCAACGCAAUCUACGGUGACGAUCCCGUUCGAGCAAACCUUCCGCGACCUGUCGGUGCAAGCCGACGAUCCCCGCCGCCAGGACCUGGCCACCUUCAAUUACUGCGGCUGCGGCUGGCCACAGCACAUGCUGGUGCCAAAAGGAACCGAAGCUGGUGCAGAGUACCAGCUGUUCGUUAUGCUCUCCAACUGGGAUUUGGAUAGGAUCGACACGCCGGACGGCAGACAAAUGAGCUGCAAGGAGGCAUCCAGCUUCUGCGGGCUGAAGGACCAGAAGUACCCAGACAGGCGCGCUAUGGGCUUCCCAUUCGACCGCACCUCGAGCACCGCCGCCAACAUCGCAGACUUCAUACUGCCCAAUAUGGCGUUGCAAGACGUCACAAUACGUCUACGAAACGCAACUGAGAAAAACCCACGAAACGUUCGCAACUAAUAUCGACUUUAAUGAUGCGUUUCCACUGGCGCGGUGCGGAAAUAUUCAGGAAUCGGCCGACCACCUCGAGGGAGUGCGAAAGGACGUGCACCUUCUUCUUCUUACUACUUCAGUGGAAACUAAUCCUCUAAAUCUGCAAUCAUUUCGACUAUCGCAUCUUCUAAAGGAAUCGUGAAUAUUAUUAUGUAAUUAAUUUCUGAAGUUAUAAAUGAAAGGCUGAUAGACUAAGUCUCGAGAAUUGUAAAGUUUGUUGUACAAAAUAUUAGAGUUAAGCUAUGUAUAUAGACCCGUUUUAGAUGUAUUUUUAAAUGUAGGUGUUGAUUAAGUUAAUAAAUAAAAGCAAGGAAUUAA